AUGGGGGCGCUGGCGGAGUCGAUCGCGUCGCACGUGCCGUCGGGGAUGCUGAGCGCGGGGCUGGCGGCGCUGGCGGCGCUGCCGAACCCCGGCGAGCUGGUGCGGAAGGCGGCGCGGCUGGAGGACGAGCUGAGGGAGCUGCUCCGGCUGAACGGCCGUGGCGCCGGGGCGGGGGCGGAGCAGGGGGGCGGCAACCGGGCGCAGCAGACGCGAGAGCGCUUCCUGCGCGCGUACGAGCGGCUCAAGGACGAGCUCCUCAAGGACCGCGCCUUCAACUUCGACUUCACCGAGGAGACCAGGCAGUGGGUCGCCAAGAUGCUGGACUACAACGUGCCUGGAGGGAAGCUGAACCGGGGGCUGUCGGUGAUCGACAGCUACAUGCUGCUGCGGGAGGGCACCGAGGUGGACGAGGAGGACUUCUACCUCGCCUGCGUGCUCGGAUGGUGCAUCGAAUGGCUCCAGGCGUCCGCCCUGGUGAUGGAUGACAUCACGGACAACGCCUACACGAGGCGGGACAACCUCUGCUGGUACAAGCUGCCCACCGCCAUCAUCAAGCGCUACUUCAAGGAGAAGUUCUACUUCAUGGAGCUCAUGGAGCUCUGGAACGAGAUUGGGUUGCAGACCGCCAUGGGGCAGAUGCUGGACCUCAUCACCACCCACACCGGCGCCAAGGACCUCGCCAGAUACAGGAUCCAAGGGUACCGCCGUAUUGUCAAGUACAAAACAUCCUACUAUUCCUUCUACCUGCCGGUUGCUUGUGCAUUGCUCUUGAAUGGCGCGAAACUGAGCGACUACGUCGAGCUCAAAAAUGUACUGAUUGAGAUGGGAGUCUACUUUCAGAUACAGGAUGACUACCUGGAUUGCUUCGGCGACCCUCAAGUUAUUGGCAAGGUUGGAACAGACAUAGAAGACUACAAGUGCUCCUGGCUAAUUGUCCAGGCUAUGGAACUGGCUAAUGAGAAUGAGAUGAAAAUACUAUACGAAAACUAUGGCAAGUCUUGCCCGGAAUGUGUUGCAGCAGUGAAAAAUGUUUACAAGGAGCUUGAUCUUCAGGACAUAUUCUUGGAGUACGAGUCAAGAGUUUACAAGCACCUGGUUUCAACCAUCGACGCCGAGCCAGACCUUUUUGGCAACAGCGACCAGUCAGAUAGCAAAGACCAGCGGUUGCCAUGUCCAGGGUGUCCACACUCAACCAAGUUGCCGCAGUUAGCUUGUUUGGUCACUGGUGACCCUCCACUGAUCUAUAAUGUCAUCCAUGAAAACUGGAAGUGGCCUUUCAGCGAUGUGUGUUCGGUGACAGGAGACGUUCCCCUCGACUAUCAAGACGUCUGUAACGACUUCGUCAAUCUCAAGGUGAUGUGCCGGCUCAGUCUCUCGGAGGUGCUCAUAGGGGUAAGGUGUAACGCCCUCGAUGCAGCUAUAUCUCCCACGUGUCGAAGCACGACUUAG